UUGAGGGUGUAACAGGUAAUUUAUUCGAUGUAUACCUAAAACCAUAUUUCUUGGAAGCAUAUCGACCUGUGAGAAAGGGAGAUUUGUUUUUGGUUAGAGGUGGUAUGAGAGCUGUGGAAUUCAAAGUUGUAGAAACAGAUCCACCGGAUUAUUGUAUCGUUGCACAAGACACAGUAAUACAUUGUGAAGGUGAUGCGAUCAAACGUGAAGACGAAGAGGCCACUCUCAACGAUGUUGGUUAUGAUGAUAUUGGGGGUUGCCGAAAACAAAUGGCACAAAUUCGUGAACUUGUCGAACUUCCCCUGCGACAUCCGCAACUUUUCAAAUCUAUUGGUAUUAAACCACCACGGGGUAUUUUAAUGUAUGGUCCUCCUGGCACGGGUAAAACGUUGAUUGCACGUGCGGUGGCCAACGAAACUGGUGCCUUCUUCUUCUUGAUUAAUGGCCCCGAAAUCAUGUCAAAGAUGGCUGGCGAGUCUGAAAGCAAUUUAAGAAAGGCCUUUGAAGAAGCCGAAAAGAACAGCCCUGCUAUUAUUUUCAUUGAUGAAAUCGAUGCCAUCGCACCUAAGCGUGAAAAGACCAAUGGUGAAGUAGAGCGACGUGUUGUAUCUCAACUCCUUACACUCAUGGAUGGCAUGAAAGCACGAUCAAAUAUUGUAGUUAUGGCGGCCACAAAUCGUCCCAACAGUAUUGACCCUGCCCUUCGACGUUUCGGUCGUUUCGAUCGUGAAAUCGAUAUCGGCAUUCCCGACCCUACUGGACGGUUGGAAAUUUUACGUAUUCAUACAAAGAACAUGAAAUUGGAUGACGACGUCGAUUUAGAGCAAAUCGCUUCCGAAACUCAUGGUUAUGUAGGUUCCGAUGUAGCUUCGCUUUGUUCAGAGGCUGCUAUGCAACAAAUUCGUGAAAAGAUGGAUUUGAUCGAUUUGGAAGAUGAGACGAUUGAUGCCGAAGUUUUAGAUUCAUUGGCGGUUACCAUGGACAACUUCAGAUAUGCAUUGGGAGUAUCCAAUCCAUCCGCAUUGCGUGAAACGGUUGUUGAAGUUCCAACCGUCAAUUGGAAUGACAUCGGUGGACUUGAAAAAGUCAAAUUGGAACUGCAGGAAACUGUACAAUAUCCUGUGGAACACCCUGAAAAAUUCUUGAAAUUUGGUAUGUCUCCAUCGAAGGGAGUGUUAUUUUAUGGCCCUCCCGGUUGUGGUAAGACUUUGUUGGCCAAAGCAAUUGCCAAUGAAUGUCAAGCUAAUUUCAUCAGUAUCAAGGGUCCUGAAUUAUUGACUAUGUGGUUCGGUGAAUCCGAGGCGAAUGUUCGUGAUGUUUUUGACAAGGCACGCGCAGCUGCACCUUGUGUGAUGUUCUUUGAUGAAUUGGACUCAAUUGCAAAGGCACGUGGUGGUUCGGUUGGUGACGGUGGCGGUGCCGGUGAUCGUGUUCUUAAUCAAAUUCUUACUGAAAUGGACGGUAUGAAUGCCAAGAAGAAUGUAUUCGUCAUUGGUGCUACAAAUCGUCCAGAUCAAAUCGAUCCUGCUUUGCUUCGUCCUGGUCGUCUAGAUCAAUUGAUCUACAUACCUUUACCUGAUGAGCCUUCAAGGUUUUCAAUUCUAAGGGCUACCUUACGAAAAUCACCCGUUUCAGAGGCCGUUGAUUUGUCGUUCUUAGCUAAAUCGACACAUGGGUUCUCAGGUGCUGAUUUAACGGAAAUCUGUCAGCGUGCAUGUAAAUUAGCCAUCAGAGAAAGUAUUGAAAAGGAGUUGGCUCGUGAAAGAGAGCUUAAAGAAAAACAGGAAUCCGGAAUGGAAGAGGACAAUGACAAUGAAAAAGAGGACAUUGAAGAAGAAGAUCCAGUUCCACAAAUCACAAGAGAACAUUUUGAAGAAGCCAUGCGAUAUGCGCGUCGUUCAGUGUCUGAUAAUGACAUUCGAAAAUAUGAAAUGUUUGCACAAAAUCUUCAACAAUCUCGUGGGUUCGGACCAAACUUUAAAUUCCCUGAAGGUGGUAUUGGUGGAGGUUCAGGGGGAGAACCUACCGCUUCAAUGGAUACCAAUGCUGGUGGUUUUCAGGAGGGAGGCGAUGAUGAUUUGUACUCUUAA